AUGGCUGGCGAAGACAACCAGUGGCAGGGCAGCAUCCUCUACAACAUGCUUAUGAGCGCGAAGCAACCGCAGGCGCCUCCUGAGGUGCCCAAGGCGCGGCUCGGGGUUCCGUGCUGGGGCUGCUCAUGCGGUUCUGAGUCCCGGGUGGGCAGAGAGGGGCUCCCGGGCGGACAGGCCAUUUCGCUCCUGUACCGCUGCUGCUUUUGUGGGGAAGAGCACCCAAGGCAGGGCAGCAUCUUAUACAGCUUGCUCACUAAUGCAAAGCAAACGCCUGUGGCUCCGGAAGCGUCCGAGGCACAGCCAGGAGGCUCGGGGUGGGAGUUCUCCUCCAGCGCUCAGAGGCUGAGAGAUGGAGAAGGGCUGCCUGGCGGACGGGACCCAGCGCUCCAGUACCACAACUACUUUUGUGGUGAAGACCAGCUGCAGCAGCUGCAGGAGGAGCGGCAGGAGCAGCAACAGCAGCAGGGCAUCAUCCCGUACAGCAUGCUUACGAGCACGAAUCAAACCCCGGAGGCUCCCGAGGCGCGGCCAGCGGCCUCUUGGGUCACCUGGUGUGGCGCGCAGCAGCCGGUGGCCCUAAAGAAUCCACAGGUGGUCUGUGAGGCAGCCUCAGCUGGCCUGUUGAAGACGCUACGCUUCGUUAAGUAUUUGCCCUGCUUCCAGGUGCUAGUUCUUGAACAGCAGCUAGUGCUGUUGCGAGGUUGUUGGGCGUCUCUACUCAUGCUCGAGCUCGCCCAGGAUCGCUUGUACUUCGAGACGGCGGAGACUUCAGAGCCCAGCAUGCUGCAGAGGAGCCUCACCACCAGGCGGCGGGAGACCGAGGGCUUCGAGCCACCACUUCUGUCCACAUCACAGCCAAAUUUGGCACUGCUGUCAGAAGCUGAGCAGUUGCCCUGGGUUACCACUGUUCGGGCCAUCAAGACCUUCCUUGCCAAGUGCUGGAGUCUGGAUAUCAGUACCAAAGAGUAUGCCUACCUCAAGGGGAUCAUGCUCUUUAACCCAGUCCUGCCAGGCCUGCAGUGCGUGAAGUACAUAGAGGGACUUCAGUGGGGAACUCAGCAGAUCCUCAGUGAGCACGUCAAGAUGACGAACCCAGGGUAUCAGAACAGGUUCACAGAAUUGAAUAACACCCUUUUCCUGCUGAAAUUCAUCGAUGCCAAUGUCAUUGCUGAAUUGUUCUUCAGACCCAUCAUUGGCACAGUCAGCAUGGAUGAUAUGAUUCUGGAAAUGCUGUGUGCAAAGUUAUAA